AUGAGAGCCCUGUCGACGACGGUAGGGCUUGUUCCCAACUGGUACCCGCCGACGAGGGAAAACUACGACCUGAUCAUCAGCGUGUGGCAAUGGUUUCCAGUGGCGGCCUCGCUGCAGUGGCUAAUCUCGUGGUACGGCAUGGGCAAGACGUCGGUGGCCAGCCGGCUGAACCUGCCGGGGCGCGUCGGCUGGAUGACCAUGGAGGCGCCCGGCUUCCUGUCGCUGCUGUACAUGAUGAACACGCUGUCGGCCCAGCACGGGCUCACGGACCUGCCGUGGCAGAACAAGGUUCUCGCCGGGCUUUUUGUAAUCCACUACAGCUACCGGGCUAUCCUGUUCCCGCUGAUCCAGCCGUCCAUGUCGCCGCUGCACUUGCUGAUCUGGCUGUUCGGGCUCUCGUUCCAGGUGGUCAACGGGACGUGCAUCGGGGCGUGGCUGGCGGCGUACGGGCCGACGACGCGCGAGGCGUGGGCCGCGCAGCUCUCCCCGUUCCCGACGCUGCAGUUCGCGUCUGGCAUCGCCCUGUUCUACGUCGGGCUGGCCGCCAACUACUUUCACGACGACGAGCUGCGCGAGAUCCGCCGCCGCGAGAUAGCGCGCCAGGCCCGCCUUGCCGCCCAAGGGAAGGGUAAGGGUAAGGGUAACGGUGGUGCUGCAGAGAAGCACUACGAGAUCCCCCAGGCCGGCCUCUUCAAGAUCAUGCUGUACCCGCACUACUUUGUCGAGUGGGUCGAGUGGCUCGGCUUCUGGAUCGCCGCCGGCUGGUCCUCGGCUCCGGCCCGCUGCUUCCUCGUCAACGAGAUCGCCGCCAUGCUCCCCCGCGCCGUCAAUGGCAAGCAGUGGUACAUUGAGAAGUUCGGCGCCGACAAGAUCAAGAAGAAGUGGGCCGUCAUUCCCGGCGUGUGGUGA